GUUGUAGACGGCUAAAAAAAUAUUUACUAAUUGAGUGUAUCAUAGCGCGUUUAUCACAAUGAAUUCGUGAAAGUGUGAACAGCUACCGCGUGAGCCAUUUCAAAUACUUGAACACAUAUGCUAAGACACUCGUUCGAAAGUGCUCAAAUAAUGACUAUCCAAACUUUGGAAAAUUCAGACACUAAGCACGGCGAAACCAUGCAAAAUAUUAGUGAUAAAGAAACAGAUGACGCACACCAGCAGAUAACGGCUGGAAAAAACGGACAUAUUAGUUUUAGUGUAGCUUCCUUGCUCGCUGACACGCGGCCUGUGAGGCCGUCUUCUCCCGCCUCCCACAACUCAUCGACGGUACCAUCCACCAGUCCAGUUCACCAGUCCUCAGACGAGGAGUACGACUCCAAUCAGGAGGAUUCCAUAGUCGACGUGGAAGACUUGAACUCGGACCAGAAAUCUGAGGAGGUCUCGGUAAAAGACAAUAAUUUUUUUUCGCACAGAGACAAAGAACUAUCCAAAGAAUCCUACCUUAAUCAAGGCCCCAUCAGGCCGACACCUUUUUCUGCAAUUGCCGCCGCUGUAUAUCAAGCGGCACAUCCAAAUUGGCCACAUCAAGGAUUAGUGAACCCGUUUGGAGGUCCGGGUCCCAUGUUUCAGAGUACCACGCCUUUUGGAGUACCCAGCUUGAAUUCAGUUGACUCCAAUGGGGAGCCACCCAAGCUGAAAUGCAAUUUAAGAAAGCACAAACCAAAUAGAAAACCCAGGACACCAUUCACAACACAGCAACUCCUAGCGUUGGAAAAGAAGUUCAGGGAUAAACAAUAUCUAAGUAUAGCGGAAAGAGCCGAGUUUUCUAGUUCACUCAGAUUAACGGAAACGCAGGUGAAAAUAUGGUUUCAGAACCGCCGUGCCAAAGCCAAGCGUCUUCAAGAAGCCGAAUUGGAGAAACUGAAAAUGGCUUCUUUGUCCCGCCACCACCCGCACGGUCUUUACCCUCAUCCAGCCCUGCAGGGAUAUUUUUCGCCAGGAGCGCACCCCUUAGCAUCCCUAUUGGGGGCACGACCUCCUAUGGGCCACAUCGGACUCAUUCCACAGCCGCCUCCACCCCAUCUGUCCUCACCACAGGGAAGCAUUCGAUCUCCCAGCCCCCACAUGUCCUGAAUACGAAAAGGGAGGGCGAUAA